AUGGUAUCAUCACGACUGACGCGGGAAGUCCUCCGACCCGACCCGACCCGACCCGACUCGACACGACCAAUCCCAACUUGUCCCGACCCGACCAACCAAACCCGACCCGACCCCGACGACGACCAAUCCCAACUUGUCCCGACCCGCCACCCGACCCGACCCGACUCGACCAAUCCCUUGUCCCGACCCGACCAACCAGACCCACUCGACCCGACCAAUCCCAACUGUCCCACCCCGACCAACCAGACCCGACCAAUCCCAACUCGUCCCGACCCGACCAACCAGACCAGACUCGACCCGACUAAUCCCAACUCGUCCCGACCCGACCCGACCGAAACCAAUCCCGACCCGAUUCGACACACGACUCGCCUCGAUCCCACCAACCAGACCGUUCUCAACCCUACCCGACCCAACCCGACCAUUCCCGACCAAUACCAACUCGUCCAGACCAAUCCCGACCGACCCGACCGAAAACCAAUCCCGACCCCAUUCGACACCGACUCGCCUCGGAUCCCACCGACCAGACCGACCCCCAUCCCUACCCGACCCAACCCGACCAAUCCCCGACUCGACCGGAAGACAGAAAAUUGA